CGACCCUCGCCAUCUCAUCAUGCCUGAUCCGUCCAAGUCGGCCCCGGCGCCCAAGAAGGGCUCCAAGAAGGCGGUGACCAAGGCGCAGAAGAAGGACGGCAAGAAGCGCAAGCGCAGCCGCAAGGAGAGCUACUCCAUCUACGUGUACAAGGUGCUGAAGCAGGUGCACCCCGACACGGGCAUCUCGUCCAAGGCCAUGGGCAUCAUGAACUCGUUCGUCAACGACAUCUUCGAGCGCAUCGCCAGCGAGGCGUCGCGCCUGGCGCACUACAACAAGCGCUCCACCAUCACGUCCCGCGAGGUGCAGACGGCCGUGCGCCUGCUGCUGCCCGGCGAGCUGGCCAAGCACGCCGUGUCCGAGGGCACCAAGGCCGUCACCAAGUACACCAGCUCCAAGUGAGCCCGCCGCAGGCCUGCCACCCCACCCCAGCCCCGGGGCGGCACCCAAAGGCUCUUUUCAGAGCCACCCAUCUCGGUCCAGAAAGGGUUUCGAACACGGUGCGCGGCGAGAGUGAGUCCCCCCACUCCCCAGGGUUGGGCCCUGCGUGUAGGGCUCGGACCUGGUUGAGGACUGCGUGUGUCUG